AUGCUUCCCUUUUCCCUGCUUCUUACCCACCGCUGCCAUACACAAGCGCUGCAACUAGGCGCUUGUCAGAACCGUUAUCCUGCUUUUGUCCGAGUUUCAUCGCGUGCCUUCGCGCACCGUCUCCCCCGUCGCAUCUCUGUCGCUAGCGCACGCGCGUGUGCGCAAUACCACCACCAGGCUUGUGUAUCGGCGUUGUAUGCGAUCGACAAGUUUUGCGCAGGUGUUUCCGACGCGCAUUUGACAUCAAUCGGUUGCGAAUUGUAUCCUCGCCUCGGAACCGACAAUCAGGAUAUCUUCAUCUACCCCGGCUCUAGCCCCUCCUCGCAUUCAACCUGA